AAUACCUCCGUCAUUUUUCAUUCUUAGGGAUGGAGGAGUUACAUGCGAAGAAUUUCUGAAGGACAUUUUUAAAACAAUACCAUUGUAUCUAAUAUCAUAAACAUGUAUCAGCAUUUAUUCUAUUUUUGUAUGAAAUAACGUAAACAUGUAUCAGCACUAUUUUACUAUAAAUAAGAUGUUUGUAAACAAUUCGAUGAUAUUUAAUGUUUAUAAUUAGUUCGAUCUUGAGAUUAAUUGUAUUCAUAUAAAUAUUCAAAAAUAAAGUUUUUUAAAAAUAUAUUUCGAAACCCGAAAUAUAUAAUUCGAACACUGCCAAUAAGUCAUGAUAUUCAUAAUUUAUGUCAUGAUAUCAUGAUAUAAAUUUGAGGAAUAUAAAAUAAUUUAUCAUAUUUUCAUAAUCCCCGGUAAUUUUAUAAAAUCACCGAUUUAUCAUUUUUACCGCAACAUAUAUAUUAUCAAUAAAGUAACUUCUUUAUAUGAAAAAAUUCUUUGGAGAUAUUUCACAAAACUUUUCGAAAAUUAUGAAUCUAAAGGAAGAUAUAGUCAACGUUAAGGAGCACGGUAAAAUUAAGUUAUGAAAUAAAUAUAGAAUGUUCGAAGCUGCGUGUUUUUCUUAAACUAAAAAGAAACGACUAUCAACUGAAGAAAUACAAAGCAUUUAUCCACAAGAAAUAAUUUCAUCAAAGAAGCUCCAACUGAUUUAUACUUCAUAACAAAGGUAACAAAUAUAUAUUACAUAAAAACUAUAUAAAUUUGAGCUGCCCAAAGAAUUUUUAAGGUUGCAUUGAUCAUCAUUACAUAAUGAGUGCUUAUCAAAGAAAUAAAAUGCACUCCAUGAAAUGGGAAGACAUUCAAUACCUUGAAUCAACACUCCUAAUCGCUAUACCCAACACUAAAACAAAAAAUAUUAUUAAAUUUGCAGUGUCUCGUAAUUUCUACAAAAUAUAAAAGGAGUAUUUGGAAGUUUGGAUUCAUAUAUGGGAAAACAAAUACUUAAAGUUAGUCUUAAGUGACACGGGAACUAGAGGAGCACAUCGAUAGCAGAAAGAUGAUUCUAUGAGUAACAAAACGAAUGCGGCAUCACUAUUAAAUAUAACUGCACUAAUAAUGAUAUUAUUAAUUUUAUCGGAAAGUAAAUUUAAUUAUUUGUACCUAUGUUAUGUUUAUAUAAUAUCCGUUUUGUUUUUGCUGGUUUUGUUAUAAUGACAAUGUUUAAUCAAUGAUUAGAAUAGGCUGAGUAAAAAUAAAAGCAUUACAAUCUGCUUAAUUAUUUUUUCAAAGUGAGACUUUUUCUUAGUAUAAUCGUGGAUAAGUAUAGUCUUCUACUUGCGUAAAAUGGCUAUUAUUUCUUCAUAGAUAACCUAACAGUAACUAUGAAUCAAUAUGGUUGCUUGGCAACCUUCAAUAGCAUUGCAGUACUAACUUUGGUAUGAUAUUAAAUUAACAAAGUGUAAGAAUAUCAUCAUGAGUAUAGGGGAUCUCAAAAUUUCAAGAUGGUUAGAAGCUUUUUAUGAACAAAAUAACGAUUUGAUAACUCUACCAGGAAAUGCAGUUUUGUCGGACAUAAAUGGAGAUGGGAAUUACAAUUUAAUUUUAAAUGAUAUAAAAUUAGAUAAAAAUAGAAGUAGAAUGAGAAUAUAUAAAGGAACAUCUUCAUCUGAUUUUCCAUUACCGGACGUUCCCAAUUCGAUUAUUUCCUUUUAUACUGAUGAACUAGAACCCAGAUUACCAGCCAUUGCAGUGGCUUGUGGUUGCAGUUUAUAUAUUUAUAAAAAUAACAAACCUUUUUAUAAAUUUCAAUUACCAAAGUGUCAAGGGUUACCCGAAGAAAUCGAUGCUUGGAAAAAAGUGUUCGAUGUUAAAGCUGAUAUAUCAGACCAAAUAGUCGAUGAAUUAGUUAAAGAUCUCUCUGCUUUGCCUUUUCAAUCACUAGCUAACAGAUCUCAAGAAGUUUUAACGACCAGCAAAUCUAGAAUACCGGAUAUUGUUAAAAGAAUUAACAUCAACGAUAUUUCCAAGGAAUAUCCUAUAACUUGUAUGGAUACAUUGAACCGAAAUUCGAAUGAUAAGGACGAUGUUUCAUGUCCAGUAAUUGCUACAGAAGCUGGAAACAUAUACAUUCUGGAUCCUCAGACCUUCAACAUUUUGCAUCAGGCAAAUACAGACAGAACUAAAGUGAUUCCUUUCAGUAUAAAAGCAACAGGAACGUUCAACGUGGACUUUAGAAUCAUGAUUGCUUGUAGGCAAGGCCAUAUAUGCGUUUUGAGAAGGAAUUGGCUAGAAGGUAAAAACAUAAUUCAAAUGAAUUCCAACAUAGUCGAUUUCGUUAUUUUGCCCGAAGACAAUUUUAUUGUGGUUGCUACUACGGAUAAAAUGAUCAAUUGUUUCACUAAGCGGGGGCAACGACUCUGGUCAGUUAAACUGUCCCAAACUAUUACUUGCUUAUGUUUAGUACAAAUUGGACACAUCAGAGUUAAUUUAUAUGGUGUUGGACUGGAUAACGGUUUGAUACAACUGUAUCAAGGAAGAAACAUCGUAGAUCAAACCACUGUUUCCGAUGCUCCCUCUGUGAUCUUAUUCGGUCCACUUGGUCAAGAAGAGCACGCUCUUUCAAUAAUCACUAAAGCUGGUACUGUAAUAUUUAGAAUAUUGAAGCGAACAGCAGAUUUUUCAGUGCCUAAUACAGAAAAUGUACCACAAUUUCAAACAAAGCCUUUACCACUACCUAAAAGAAGUAAAUUAUUUUUGGAACACAGCAUGAGAGAGCGAGAGUCAGCUGUUGAUAUUCACCAAAGUUUCCAAAAAGAUUUAUUGAAACUAAGAUUAGAUGUUGCUAAAUCUCUACUUCAGUAUAAAUCGAAUGAAAAUGAAAUUGCAAAUUUCAAAGGAUAUUUAAAAUUAUCGGCACAGGUCUUGGGUAUUGGAACGAAGUUUACCGUAAUUUUUACACUAGAAAAUUUAGAUUCUACUAAACCUUUGAACGGAGUUUCGAUGGUUUUACAUGUGAAACCAGAGAAUUAUAUUUGUUCAAAAAAUAGAGUAUUGAUUCCACUUUUAUUACCAGUGUCUUCAUAUAAAGUAAAAGUGGGGAUACAAGAAGUUAUCCAUGAGGAUCAAAUACACGCUUCUAAGAUGGGAGAAGUAUGUGUCAUUAGAAUAUUUAUUAUUCAUGAAAAUAAACCACAAACUCAACCAUUGUUAGCUGCAACAGUGACUAUGCCUAUGUCUGACAACUCACUUGUUUAAAAAUCAUUGUUUUUCUAACGUUAAGAUAUUUAGCGUUACAUGUUCUAAAUAAAUAUUAAAAGUACAAAA